AUUAUUAGCUGAAAAGCCAUUACCAAUCCCCAAGUAUGACACUUAACCUCACGCGUAGCUUCUUCCCUCCGCCAUGAAAGCUCCUCUCUUUCUCCUCACCCUUCUCCUCAUCCUUCUUCUAAACCCAAUCUCAGCCGUCGAUUUCGUCUUCAACGGCUUCGACGACUCUCCUUCACAUCUCUCUCUCUUCGGAAACGCGACAAUCGAAUCCAAAGUCCUCACCUUAACCAACCAAACCUCAUACUCAACAGGCCGUGCUCUGUACAACACCACCAUCCGCACAAAAGACCCAACAACCUCCUCCGUCCUCCCGUUCUCCACCUCCUUCAUAUUCGCCAUGGCUCCAUCCAAGAACGCCGUCCUCUCCGGCCACGGCCUCGUCUUCCUCUUCGCGCCCUCCACCGGAAUCAACGGAACCAGCUCCGCUCAGCACUUGGGUCUCUUCAACUUGACCAACAACGGCGACCCGACCAACCACGUCUUCGGCGUCGAGUUCGACGUCUUCGCUAACCAAGAGUUCAACGACAUCGACGCUAACCAUGUCGGAAUCGAUUUAAACUCGCUUGAAUCUGUCUUCUCCAACACGUCUGGGUUCUGGUCGGGAGAUGAUGAGAGGAGUCCGGUGUUUGAGCCCUUGAAGCUUAACAACGGAAGAAACUAUCAGGUCUGGAUUGAUUACAGAGAUUCUAUAGUCAACGUUACUAUACAAAUCGCUGGUAAGAUCCGACCUAAGACUCCCUUGCUUAGCAAGCCACUGAAUCUCUCUGGAGUUGUGGAGGACGAGAUGUUUGUCGGGUUCACGGCGGCUACAGGGAGAUUGGUUCAGAGCCAUAAGGUGUUAGCUUGGAGUUUUAGUAACACCAACUUCUCUUUAAGCGACGGUUUGAUCACAACUGGUUUGCCUUCGUUCGUCAUACCUAAAGACACAAUCUUGAAAAAGACAUGGUUUGUGUUUGUAUUAGCAUUGAUCUGUUUCUUGGUUUUGUCCUUGGUGGGGUUUGUUACGUUUGUUGUGGUGAGAAGGAGGAUGGAGAUAGCGAGGAAGAGAGCGUUGAUGGAGGAUUGGGAGAUGGAGUACUGGCCACACAGAAUCUCGUACGAGGAGAUUGAGUCUGGAACCAAAGGGUUUGACGAGAAGAAUGUGAUUGGUGUCGGUGGGAACGGGAAAGUGUAUAAAGGUUUGUUGCAAGGAGGAGCUGUAGAAGUUGCGGUGAAGCGGAUCUCGCAGGAGAGCAGCGAUGGGAUGAGGGAGUUCGUAGCUGAGAUCUCGAGUCUCGGUCGGUUAAAACACAGGAACUUGGUUUCUUUAAGAGGCUGGUGUAAGAAAGAAGUUGGUAGCUUCAUGUUGGUGUAUGAUUACAUGGAGAAUGGAAGUUUAGACCGGUGGAUCUUCGAAGAAGAUGAGAAGAAGCAUGUGCUUAGCUGUGAAGAGAGAAUACAGAUUUUGAAAGGUGUGGCUUCGGGGAUAUUGUAUUUACAUGAAGGAUGGGACUCUAAGGUGUUACAUAGAGAUAUUAAAGCUAGUAACGUGUUGCUUGACCGUGACAUGAUCCCUAGGCUGAGUGAUUUUGGGCUAGCUAGGGUGCAUGGACAUGAGCAAGCGAUUAGGACGACCAGGGUUGUCGGUACAGCUGGUUAUUUAGCUCCUGAAGUGGUUAAGACAGGACGCGCAUCGACACAGACCGAUGUUUUUGCAUACGGUGUGCUCGUUCUUGAAGUAAUGUGUGGGAGGAGACCUAUUGAAGAAGGGAAGAGGCCGUUGAUGGAUUGGGUUUGGGGGUUGUUGGAGAAGGGUGAGAUUGUUAGUGGGCUUGAUCCUAGGAUGGUGGUGAUGAGAGAAGGUAGUGAUGAGGCGGAGAGAGUUUUGCAACUUGGUUUGCUUUGUGCACAUCCUGAUCCGGCGAAGAGACCGUCGAUGAGACAAGUGGUUCAAGUGUUUGAAGGUGAGAAGGCUGAGGUCUUUGGGGCUGAAAGUAGUGAAGAUGUCGAGUCAUGGAUGGUGAUGAAGUUUGGAUCUUGGCGAAGUUCGAGAGAGUUUUCGUAUGGAAGCUCGUCGCAUCCGACCAUUGAGCAGGUCAGAUUACAGUCUUUAGACGUGUCUCUGUCGUCUUGGAAUAGCUCUAUUUUGGACGGGCGGUGAUGAUGAUUAACAUAAAUGGCUUAGGAGAACUCGAGGAUGUUGUUGUUUUGGGAGAUGGCCUUACUUUGGUUCUUGCUGUGCACAUACAAGGUUUUGUAAAGGCAUUACAUUUAUACAUGUAUUGUUGUUGUUAGUGUUUUUGUUUUCUUUUUGGAUUUUUUUUCCAAUUUUUUUUGUAUUGUAAAAUAAAUAAAAUAAUAAUUUGUGUCAAAAAAUU